GGAGCUCUGUGUCGCAAGGAAAAUGGCCGGUGGCAACUUUAUCAACUGGCGUUAGACAGGCCUAAGCAGAUCUUGAUUUCUGUCCUCGAGAUGGAGAGCCGCAGAAUGGAGCAGUCUUCCAUAAGAAAGCCGUGGUUUCUACUUCCCCAAGCGAGUUGUGAAACGCCUCUUGUACAGGUAAGCUGCAGAUUGUAUUUUGCAGCGCUCGCUUCCCCGCUUUUCAACUUGACUUAGUUCAACUAACCUCCAAAAACGCCCUUUCCGCUGAUUGAUAUUCUGUUUUUGGUAUUUAAUUUAGGCAUCCUUGAGGCCAGCCGAUCCAACGACACUGCGAGCAAUCUUUAAUAAGGUUUGUAAAUUUACUAACUUUCGGGGAGAAACCCCGUUUAUUUCGAUCUCUAUUAUAUACAAUAACUUGUACAUUCUUUGCUGCUGGUCAGGUAGUUUAGAUAUGCCAUAAAAGGCUUUAAACGAUACUUGUGGAUUGCUUAAAAGGUUAUUGAAUGUCCAAAAUCGGCCUAAAUACCAAAUUUGUAGUCCCCCCGACUGAGAGAUGUUUUUAUUGUAUUGCAAAUCUGUGUUCUGUAUGAAAUGUAUUCGACACUUUCGAUUUUAACGCACAGGUUUAUAAUAUUUGAUAAAGUGAAAGGCAUUUAGAGACCUGUCUGUUUAUAUAGUUCAAUUUCUUUUACAGCUUAUGUUUUAAGCUUCAUCUCGAUUAGAGAUCCUAAGAUGAAAGAUAGUCUUGUCCAAAUAUUUGAGUGUGGAAAGCAUCCAAAAUUUCCUUCUCACAAUGUUGAUAUCGUCAAAUCUGUCCAAGUUCUUUUCUCUUUGGGAAGAGCUGACAGCUGAACAAGGAAGAGGAUGAACUACGAUCCUCCUCCUCUCCCCAAUCACUUAGCUUUCUAUUCUUUUGUCCUUUGCAUUGUUAUUUCAAGAUAUGCCAUGGUCAAAAGUACAAAAAAGUCAUAAAACUGGUGGUACCUGGUUAAUUAAGAGCAAGCAGCUUCUAAGCUACGUUUAUGUGCCAAAAAUGUCCCUUGCAGCAAGUAUCUAGUUUCUAGGACUUUCUGUAAACUAAUAUCCUUCUGGCCUAAGGAAGAGAUUGUCAAUUAACCCAGGCCUAGUAUAAUUUAUACUAUUACUUAACCACUGCAUAAAAAGCAUUUUGACUUGGAAAUAUAGAUGUUUUUAUACAUCCCAGGCCUGGCAACCCUGUCUGCAUAGUAUGGUAGAUGCCAAACAUUUUUUUCUUUCUUAACAAACAUUUCCCUCAGGAGAAUUGCCACGACACCUCCACUGCCCCUUCUUCCUCCUGGCCCUCCUGUUCCCAUUCCCAAAAUUAAUAAGCAUCCAUGGAUCUUAUCAGAGCAUUUACAGCAUUGUUCAUACCUAAUACUGUGGAUUUUUAACUAAUUAUGUUCAAGAAAGGAGUUAUGUAUGGUUAAUACACUGUAUUUGUACACAAAACUGUGGAACAGGUCUUUUGUGAAUGCUACAAUGACUUCAGUGUGAGUUGCUACUAAUGCUAUAACAUUGCAAGACUAAAAAGCUCCAUGGAACUUAUCUGAGCUUUCAAAGUAUUUUUUAUUUUCUACUUCUUCACUUAAUAUGGUGGAUUUUUUUAAUGUGUCAAAUAAAGGAGUUAUGUAUAGUUAACUACACUGUAUUUGUACACAAAUGCCACAGUGACUUCAGUGUGAGUUGCUUCUAAAGCUAUGACAUUGCAAGCCUUAAAACCUGCUUAGAUCUAUGAUGAAUUUGAAAUAUUACCCCCUAUUGUUAUCAUUGAACACUUGCAGUAUGCCACAGUGGAGCAGGAUGAUGAAAAGUUCAUGACACCAGUGAAUCUGAUCCGAGACUAUCUUGGAAUGCAGAAGGUUGAGGAGUACAAUGAGACAACUUUGAAUCUUCUUGCAGGAUGUGUUGACCAAACUAAAGAUGGGUAUGUCCAUUUCAUCUGGAAGCUCCUGUCCAAUUUCUCUAAAGUUCCUAAAAAAUUCAUAUUAUAAGCUGUCCUCAUUACAAAACAACUCAAACAACAUAGUAUAGCAAGCUUCCUGCUUGUUUAAAUAACCAGAUUGUACUGUUCAAUUCAUGUUGUCAAUAAUUCUUGAAACUUUUCCUUGCAAAUCAUAUAAAAACAUUCACUUUGCCCAAGGCAAAUGCUAUUUUAACAACUUCUCCAAUUACAAAAGCACCAAAUCUUAUUUGGACUGGUGACUUAACCCUUCAACCCUUAACUCACAAAAGUGAUUAACUUAAAACUUCUCCCUACAAUAUCCAUACAUUCUUCAGCAAACAGGUAAUGAGAAUAUUCAAACUUAUCAGGUAGAAGCUUCUAUCUUGAUCUAGCACCAAGUUCUCAUAACUAAUUUACAAGGAAAUGUGUAGUAGCUACAAGGCAGAAUUAACAAUCAGAUCUUGGGAGUUAAAGGAGUGACCAAAACAGAAUUUCUCCCUACAAUAUUGAUACAAUAUCGACCAGAUAAGUGAUGAGAAUAAAGAAAAAUAUCAAUUUGGUGAUAAUUAGUUGAUCCAUUACUAAAAUCUCUGAACUAACAUUAAAAGAAUUUUAUGGUUCACAGUAAGGAGAAUGACAAAUUUGAUCUGAGAGUUAGAGGGUUAAGAAAAGGGAAAUGACUGAAAUUUCUUAAACAAAUCAGAAUCCAACUGACUCUUUGUUUUUCUUGCAGCUUGAUCUCAUUUAGUGAAUUCUUGGCAUUUGAGGCCUUACUGUGUAACCCAGGUGCUCAACACAAGAUUGUUUUUCAACUUUUUGAUCUGGAUGGGAAAGGAUCAGUGACAUUUGGUAUGUUGCCCAGAUAGUGACAUAAAUUUUCAGUAUAAUAAUUAUGUAUUAGCUGUAAGAAUUCACUAUACACAUAUAUAUUGUGGAUAUAAUGUUUCCUUAGUAAUGAUUUUUCCAACUAGUUUGAGUUUUCUUUUCUUUUUUUUUUUUUUUUUUUUUUUUUUGCAAUCAUGGACUCAAUAUGGAACAAAGUAUACAAUAAUUAAACUGGUUUGAGGAAAAUGUAUGCGUGUAGAAGUUCAAAUGCAUGCAUGUAAAAUUGAUUUGGAAAAUAAUUUUUUUGUCUUUGAUUUUGAGUUGGUGAACUCUAUAAAUCAAGUACCAUAAUGAAUAUAGUUGCAGUCUAAGUCUGUAGUUAAGCAAAUAAUAACCUGGACUAGGUUAUUCAAAGCUAAGUUUGUAUGACCCAGGGUUAGUGUGGAAUCUGAUUUCAGAUUUGAUAGCUUUAAAAGAAAAUUCAGUCAAAUUAUUUUUGUCCAUAAUAUGAUUCUUUGAUGCUCUAAAAAUAACACAGGACAUUAUCCCAAAAGGCUUUUGAAUAAAGGAAUAAAGAAACCCAAAUUAAAAUUUAACCUUGGGUAAGUGCUAAUGGGCCUUCAAACAACUGGGCCCUGGUCCUGCAAAUGAAAACCUGCAAAUUACCUGCAAAUAAUAACCUAGUCCUUAUGAAUAAAAGGGCAGGACUGAUACAUAUUAUUCCAAAAAGCAUUACCAGAAAUUAUUGUAAUGGAAUCUCCAAUGGUAAGACUGUUGAUUGUCAUGUAAGUGGUGGGACAUUAGACAAUUUACAUGUAUUUCCUUCUUGUAACUAGGAGAUACAUGUGCAUGUAGAUUGCGAACAGCAUCGUCUCCAUGAUUUGCAUUAAUUCAAAGGGGUUUCAAAUAGUGCAAUUAUUGCAGCAAUACAAGGAGUCAUGCAUUAAAAUGUACAUGCAGUUUUGGAAAUAGUACAAAUAAAGCAAUUUGUCCCUUGAAACAACUUGUUACCUGGUGCUUAUUCCAUGGAUUAUAUUUACCAUUGUUACCAUAAAAACCUGCAGAUAAGCCGCACCUUUGUUCAAAAAACUGUCACUAGAAAUUGGGGGUGCGGCUUAUCUGUGGGAACAUUUUCCAUUUUCGUGUCUGAUCUAAUACCUGGUUACUAAGCUUCGAAUGUUCCACCCAUGUUCUUGUUGUAAUGCAAAAAUCUAUGAAAAACUGUGUUGAAUGAAUAAAUUCCUGUCAACAGAUACCAGAAAAAGAUCAGUCAUAUGUCAAAGUUGGUAGAAACAAUGUUCAUUUUAUUAAAGUGCUAAAAUUGUGGGUAAUACUUUGAAGUAUUUUCCGUUGCAAUGUUAAUGGUGAGUUUAUGUUCAAUGAACAAUGAAUGAAGAAGAUUUCUCAAGACUUGACAUUGGAUUUCUUUUGAUUUCUUUCAAAAAAAUUUUUUCCAAAAUUUGAGCUGCUAAAUUCAGGGUGCAGUUUAUCUGAGGGUGCGGCUUAUCUGCGGGUUUUUAUGGUACUCACGUUUUCAUUCAUAUUUUUCAGAUGAGUUUGAAAAUGUUAUCAAGAAGACAACUUUUUUCAGCAAAAUAAAGUUCAACUUCGACACUGAGUUUGUCAAGACAUAUUUUGGGGUUAACAAAAAGGCCCGUAUUCGUUUUGAUGACUUUUCACAUCUACUACAGGUUAGUAAAUUAUGUUUUUCAAACAGCCCCGUGGUACACAUAUGAAUAUUCUCCUUGCAACACCCUGCAUUAAUUUAAAAAUUAUGUUAAUUUCUCUUUUGUUUUGCAGGAUUUGGAGAAGGAGUACCAAAGACAGGCAUAUUUUCAAAGUAAAAUGCCAGACGGUGAAAUAACUGCUGUAAAAUUUUCAGAGAUAAUGAAAGUUUUACGAGGACACAAGCUGUCUCCAUUUGUCAGAGAAUACCUUCUCACGGUAAGAACUGGUUCAGUUUCUUUCUUUGUUUCUCAAAUAAGGUAAAUUUUCAGAGAUGUCAGUGUCUGUUAAUCCUCAAUCUGGACAUGUUUGAUUGUGGAUCACAGCCCUACAAAUUCAACACACAAUUCCUUCACUGAACUUUUAAUUCCAGUCUCCCCACAUAUUGAAAUAGGCUGAAAUGAAUACAAGCAAUUAAAAAGACUUCAUAGAAAUACAACCAUCCUGGAACAGAAAACCCUAUAAUUUUAAGAAGGGAAUACACUGUUAACUGUACUAUUUUUCCCUUCUUGUGCAGCAAAAUAUCCAAAUUCUUUUUUAAUUAGAUGGAUUUGUCCAUUCUUGUGGGAUGGUUUCCUUAACAAUGCACCCUGUAAUAAAAAUGCAUCUGAUCAGUGUAUGUUGCUCGCAGAACUGUACAUGUAAUGUUCCUCUUAUUGCAGGCUGCUAGUGGAGAAGGUGGCCAUCGAGUAAGCUAUGGUUAUUACAGAGCAUUCAAUGUAAUGCUUGAUCAUGCACAAGUUCUCCAUGAUAUGGCAAUAAAGGCUGCAAAAGGGAAUCGCUACAGGGAACUUAAGAAAGGUAAACUGGUUAACACAAAUGUAAAAUUAAUGUACUAGGCUGCUGAUAUGUAUAAAUAUUAAAUUUUAGUCUGUGGUCUGGAGAGUUUGCUGUGAGAGGACAUACACUGUAUCUUGCACCAAUUUUUUCAAAAAAAUUAUUUCAGUUGAAAAUGUCUUAUUUAUAAAAUCAGAUGAAGAGAGACAGCAGGUUAUAGAGAGUGCUUGGACUGCUUGUCAAAAUGCUUUUUUUUUAAAUUUUUUCCAGCUGACAUGCUACAGGAGGCCAAAGCUGAUGCUGAGGUAUGUACAACUUAAUCUUUGAAGUUCCUGUGCUUCUAUUUGUUUUGUACAAUGCAAGAGAAAUUUCUUUACUGGAGAAGUAACCAACAUGGUUAACAAUUAUUUAUAUUUUCAGAAAAAAAACCAUACUGAAAAAUUUUCCUUGCCUAGAUUAGGAAGAGCCUUUGAACAGUUCAUAUUAGAAGUAAACAAUAUGUUUCAUCAAUCUCAUUUCAAGACCUUGCAAAGUAAAUUUGAUUCUUCAUUAUGCAUUUUUUCUUGAAAAAAUAACAAAAAAAUUGGUAGCAAUAAAUACACAGCACUGUGUGCCAAUAAUUGGUGUAAUUCUCUCUGUAAAGAAGACCUUCAAAGGUCUUGACACUUGAGCCUCCAUCCUUGACACUCAUGUCAAGAUUGUCAUCUUACUUUUGAGCAGUACUGUACCUCAACUGAGGGAGCAUCAGUUUCAAGCCACUAUUCUGAAUGAAUUUUACCAUUUUGGAUGAUUACCCUAGAGAUAUUUCCUCUUUUCCCCUUGCAGAUCACUCCUUUAGUUAUUGAUAUUCUAUUCCAUCUGUGUGACUUGGAACACAGGAGAGGGUAAGUGGAUCAACCACGCCCAACUAGGGUUAGUUCCUAAAGAUUGCAGACCAAGUUAGGCAAAAGGUUUGCUCAUUAACCCUUUCACUCCCAAGAUCAAAUUAGUAAUUCUCCUUACUAUCUGCCAUACAAUUCUUCUGAUGUUAGUUCAGAAAAUUUGGUAUUGGAUCAGCUAAUAAUCCCAUGAUUGAUAUUCUUCUCUAUUCUCAUCACCUGCCUGCUUGAUAUUGUAUUGAUAUUGUAAGGAGAAAUUCUGUCUUGGUCACUUGUGGGAGUUAAAGGGUUAAUUGGCUGAACAGUAGUAUCCAAUGAGUAAAUUGUGGUUUCUGCAAAACAAGCUGUUCUGUCCAUCAAAACUUGUAUAACAUUAUGCACCUAAACUUGUGGAUGAUUAAUGCCAAUCAGACAUAAUAAAGACAAAUGUCACCCAUUGAACAAGGAGGAGUGAUACAUGUAGUUAUUAGGUGCUGCAAGCACUUUUCAGUCAGCGUAGACUUUCAUAAUUUCACCAAUUAAAUACAGUGAACCAGCAAACCCCAGUGCAAGGUGUUCUAUUUAAAUACUCACAACCCAUGAUCUCCCUCUUCGCUCUAAAUAGGGGCAAAGAUUGUAUAAGUUAGUAUUUCUAAACCUUUUGAUCUCUUAAUAUCUAAUGACCAACUUCUAAUUUCUCUCUUCAAUAUCACCUCAAUCAAGAAUCAAGAUAGAAAGCAAUGAUAACUAGUCAAAGAAGCCCUUGAUUGUUAACCAAAUUCUCCUUGUCAGCACUUUAGGAAAUGUAUAGAGAACAGUAUGGAGAAUAUGCAUACUAAUGUUAGGGUGUAGAGGAUUAAUUCAUUGUACGAGGCGAUAAAUCAGCUUCACACGAACAAUCAGUCACAGACUCAGCACAUCAUUAUUUUAAAGAAACUCACCCCAAAAGUCAUAACUACUUCCAUUCGCGCUAUUUUCAGCACACUGUGUCACAGAGUAGCCCCUUAAUCGAAACGUGACCCAUCUUUGUUUGUUAUUGCUGUAAAUCAUUUGGUGUUCAUCAGCUGUGAUUUGCUGUUGCAUAUUUCAGGCGGAUCACAGUGUCAGAUGUGCAUCAGAUUCUUCCGCAUCGGGAUGUAUUUAAAGUUUUCUCCACUGAAAGAAUUGAAGAGGAGGUUUGUGAGGACAUGGCCCUUGAGUCAUUAAAUUAGUAUUUACUGCGAAAUUUUUUUUGAUUCGAGCAUUGGCCAUGUUGCUUUUACGAAGGGACAACAAUUAGUACUCUUAUGAUGUAGUAAUUUACCAGCUCAGAGUUUUAACGUCGUACGUAAUUGCCAACGUAACGUUAAGAAAUCGAUUAUCACGAUACCGGUAUUACUCAGUCAUAAUCUACCAAAUACUUGCGGUAGAUAAGACUUUUACAACUCAAAGUUCCAAAGCUGUUCAUAACUGUAAUCCGCCCCCAGUCUUUAGACACUUCUUCACAUCAAUUAUUCGUCAUCGGGCAGGCUUGAAAUCGAAUUCUAUUUUCUUUGAGAAGAGUUUAAAAAAGAAUUAAUACCCAUUUUGAUAGAAUCGUUGACUCCUUUCUUGCUUGAGGUUUUGGUUACAAAGAUUUGCCAAAAGGAAGAGAAAGGCAAAAGCUAGAAACUUUACUUUGUGAAGCCUUUCAAAACAUUUUGCCUUUGAUCAUCUAUUUUCUUUGAUUUAAGACAAACAAGCAAAGGAAAGUCUUGUCAACACUUAAUUUGGUGGAAGAUUGUCAAAUUUCUCUAUUUAGUAUAUCGACUACUUACAUUUUCAUAUACUCUAUUAGGUCUUUGAUUCGUUGUUUCUCAUUUCUGAAUAUGUAGCAGAUGAUAACCAAACCCAAAGAUGAAGAAGGGUCAGUCUUAUGGAAAGCUGUAGAGCAAGUUUAUCGGUUUGGCCUCGGUUCUGUGGCAGGAGGUAAGCUUUGUUGAAGUACGCUAUAACACUUGUGAAGUCUUGUUAAUGCUCGAAACGAAAUAGUCCAUCGUGUUUUUUUUCCUCAUUGCUCUUUUCUGUAUAUUUUGCUCUAUGUUCUCUUUGUAUCGUGUACACAGCUGUUCAUAAAUGCGAGAGAGGGUCUUGGUAUUAAGGCACUCACUUUGAACAUAAACAUUGACGGGAACAGUUAGACGAAUUUCCUUCGAUUCAAAGCCCGUUCGUGGUUUCACUAUAACAGCUACUAUAAAUUAACAGAUAUAACACGCGCUCUGGUUGGUCAAAACCCUAUUCAAUAGGGUUUGCAGUGUAUUGUAUACUGGAUAAAGCCAUGACUAUUAUAUGCAACCACACCCUCUAUCGAAAUACUAGCGUAAUAAUCGACUCUUGAUGCUAAUAGGACUUUCAAAAAGUAUGCAAACUUUUCUCUUAAUCUCUCGACAUUCCGCGUGGGUUAUUACGCCGGUGAAACGAAAACAACUGUAGUCUAUUGCUUAAAUAUACCAUGAUGAGCGAACCAAUCGCGUUCUGCGAUCGGUUUGCAAUCUGUCAAUAGAGCCCUGGGCACGAUCGUUAACCCUUCAAUCCCUAAGAGUGACUCGCAUAUAAUUUCUCCCUACAAUAUCAUCUCAUAUUUAAACAUAAAGAUCACAAGAAUUAGGGAAAUGAUCACCAACUGAAGAAGCUUUUGAUUGUUUUACAAAUUCUCCUUGUCAGCACUUUAGGAAAUGUAUAAAGAACAGUGUGGAGAAUAUGCAUACUAAUGUUAGGGCGUAAAGGGUUAAUGUAAGCCCAAGCCCCGGUCGUUCGAUGGGUGAAUAAAUGUCAAUCCAGUGGAUAGUGCAAUACGUUUUCUUUAAACUUAUUCACUGGGUAGCGAUGUAUCCAUUGGAUAACAUUAUCUGCCCUUUGGACAAAUUGGCCAAGUACUUUUAGCAGUACUCUAAUUCGUUAUCCUGGUCCAUAAAGACGCAAAUAUGGAACACGGCUUUUCCGGCGCUCCAAACGCUCAAAGUCGCAGCAGCAGGGUGAGAUAGGCUUAUCGUCGUGCCAAUAAGAAACUAAGUUUCGUUUCACCUUGCCCAUCUGUGCGGCCAGUGAUGAAAUGUUGAUAAUGAAAACUUAAAUCUACAUCAGGAGAGCAUUGGCUCUUUCGAUUCAAAAACAGGCUUACUCAUUUCGCUGUUAACGCGUGAACUUCAACGUGAAAAUAACUUUUGGCGGUGUUGUUGUAUCCGUCAGCUGCUGGAGCGACUGCAGUGUACCCUAUUGAUCUGGUCAAGACAAGAAUGCAGAAUCAGCGAGCAGUGUUAGCUCAAGAGAGACUGUACGCGAACAGUUUUGACUGCUUCCUCAAAGUUAUUAGAAAUGAAGGCCCGCAAGGAUUAUACAGAGGUUGGUACCUUGCGACACUUAUUAGCUUGUUUGACUUUCCCAAAAUGUCAUCUCUUGAUGAAAUUAGGAGAUCCUCGCAGCUAAGAACACUACUGAAACGAGUAGUUGUAAAUAGGACCUGAAAAAAAUUUCAGGCCCGUACGGGAUUUGAACCCAUGACCUCUGCGAUACCGGUGCAGCAAAAAUUUUUUUUCAGGUCCUAUUUACAACUACUCGUUUCAGUAGUGUUCUUAGCUGCGAGGAUCUCCUAAUUUCAUCUUUCCACCGCAGUGCAAAUAUGUGAAUUUUCAUAUAUCUAAAAUCUUCAUGUCAUCUCUUGUUAGCUCCUCUCUAUCUUUAACCUUCAGUUUAUUUUUCUAAUUAAGUAAUUUAUGUUUCAUUUUGGAGAAAAGUUUCAAGUUCUUUAAAAUUUCUUGGCGACUCUGUAUAAGUCAUUCACCUUGCUGACUCCCUACCUACUGAAGAACAUAUCACGUUUCAUUUUAGUUUUAUUACUUGUUUUAGUUGCAGUUGGUUCUACUUUGGCGCCCUCAGUGACGCUAAAUGUUUAGUGUAAUUUUUUGUUUUAGGAUUGCUGCCUCAGAUUGUUGGAGUUGCCCCUGAAAAGGCCAUUAAAUUAACGGUAAGUUUAUUACUGUAUUUCACUUCAAGUUUAAUCGGUCGUGAAGUCAGUCAAAAAAUCGAUCUUUAGUCGGUUGGAUAGUCAUCAUCAAUCAGUCCUUCCGUUAGACGAUCAGUCUAUCAGUUAGUCAGUUGGUUGGUAAGUCGGUAGGUUGGACAGUUGGUCGGUCGGUCGGUCAGUCAGUCAGUCGGUCAAUCAGUUAAUCACUCCGGCUGUCGGUCAGUCAGUCAUUCAGUCAUUCAGUCAUUCAGCCAGUCGGUCAGUGAGAUAGUCUAUCAGUCAGUCGGACAGUAUGUCAGUCAUUCAGACAUUUAGUGGGUCAGUCGGUCUGUUAGUCCGUGCGUUUUUCAGUUGGUAAAGGUAAAAAUCUCUAACGAGCAAAGUUUACUUUGACUGAUUUCUUGUUUUUUCUGUUCAGACAAAUGACCUUGUUCGUGACGUGUUCCGCGAUAAAGAUGGAUUCAUAAGCUUACCUUUUGAGAUCGUAGCUGGUGGAUGUGUAAGUAUUUUUUGAACCACUGAAACUUUAAGGUGCUGGGUAGACGAAUUACGUGUUCUUCAGAUUCAGUCAAUUACAAAGUGGCAAUCUCUUUCAGAAAAAAUCCCCCAAUAUAUCCGUGAUUUGGCCCAGUCGUUUUAUAUCAAGGCUUAUACAACUAUCGCAUGUUUGUCAAGAUACGAAACGUAGCGAGUGGAAAUCAAAUGAUCGAAUUUUACGACGGUAAAGAAGAAAAAGAACCGAGUCACACACACACAAAGAAAGUGAGAAUGGCGGUGUUGCUUUCUUUACAUUGUAUACUACCCAAUUAAAUUCCUGUAGUUAUGGCGACUGUCGAUCCCGCUGUUGUGGUUUACCAAAUUUUAAUGACGUGAUUUUCUUGUAUGACGUCACACAGUUGUUUAGACUGCUUGCAGUCUCUCUUUUUUCCAAUGGUAAGAGAGCGAGAGGAGACUGGGGCAAGAGUGUUCGAUGAGACCCAUUCCCUUUCCGUUUAAUCACCAUUUAUGCGUUUGCUCUCUCUCCAAGGUCGCCAGACCCAAGAUAAAAUAGUGGUCCCUAUUUUCUCUGGUGGGACCGUAAAAGAAAAAAGACUACACACAGUCUUACGGCGGUCACGAUUGCCUCUGGUCUUUGGUUAAUCAAACGUAGAGUUAGUCUAAAGAGUAAGGGAAACGUGUAUGUAAGCUUUUUGUGUAUUUCUGUAAUGGUGACAGCGCAGACGAUGAGGAGUAAUCGUGGCGAUCAGCUGCCAGUUUUACUUGAAAUAUUCAUUUCUUUAGGGAGGAGCUGCUCAGGUUCUGUUCACCAAUCCUCUAGAGAUCGUGAAGAUCAGGUUGCAGGUCGCUGGAGAAGUUGGAGCUACCGGUAAAGACAAGGUGACGGCAUUGAGGGUCAUCAGGGAACUGGGACUGACUGGACUUUACAAGGUACUGUUAUCAGAACAACUUAGGAAAGAUGUUAUUUGUAUUGUCACCAACGUGGAACAAAGGGGGAAUACAGUUGUCAGAUUUUAUAGUAGUCCCAUGCUCAUGAAAUAUUUGAUAACCGAGUUCCAAAUCUACCUUCCUUCCAAUAUCAUUUCCACACUAGAGCAACAAGUAAAAAAACAAGGUUUUCCAUCCCUCUAAACAGGAUAAACCGCUUGUCCCGCGGGAAUUAAUGUUCAGCGACUCUGUCGCGCUGGUUACAUUUGAUUAUAGUAAAUGGAGGUUCUUAAUUGUUGUUUUCUCUUUCUUGUCCCUCAGGGUGCACGAGCUUGCUUUUUAAGAGACAUUCCAUUUUCUGGUAUUUAUUUCCCGGCUUACGCUCAUCUGAAGCUUCACUUCAAAGACGAGAAUGGCCAGAUUGGUGCUGGCGGACUUUUUGUCUCUGCAAUGAUGGCUGGUGAGAGAAAUUGAUUGAUCGAUGGCCUUGUCAACAUGCUAUUGCUGUAGAAUGUACGGUUUAAUCAGCUGCUGGAAAAUACCUUAAAUUGGUUUGAAAGACCUAUGCGUUUCAACAUUGUGUAUCUUUUUCCAUGCAGGAGUUCCUGCAGCAGCCUUAGCAACCCCAGCUGACGUCAUCAAGACUAGAUUACAGGUAAACCGUCGAAGCAUCCUCACACGUUCACCUCGGUUUUCACCCGUUUUUCCCCUUGUUGAAACCGCGCUAGAGGAAAUUUAUCUCUUGUUUAGAGUUUCUUUUUGUUAAUCCUUUUUUUUAGUAACGAUCCAAGCUGAUGAAAAGCUUUCUUUCCCUCUUUCUGUAAAUUAAUGUCAACUUUUUCUUGUAAUCGGGGAACCUUUUCAGAAUUUAAAAAGGAAAAAAAAGGAACCGAGUUGAGUGAGGAAAGCAAUUUGCACCCUGUCCGAGACUACAGAAAGCAUGCUUAACGAGAUGUAUUGUGCUUUGACCUUUGAAUUCAACUUUAGUGCGGUCUAAUUUACGGAAAGCGAUCGAAUAAUUAAAGGAUCCAUCUAAUUAAUUUUUGCUUCCUAACAACAAUCGUUCAUCAUACUCACGACCAAAAUAUUGCUUGUAGCCAAGGACUUUGCUAAUCAAAACUCUGUUUGCUGGGCGUAGGUGAAAGCUCGGUCAGGACAGCAGUCAUAUCGAGGGGUGAUUGAUUGUUUCAGGAAAAUACGGAAGGAGGAGGGAGGUAGAGCCUUUUGGAAAGGAGCAGGAGGUCUGUUUGAGUAGAAUACUCUUUGAAUUUUCUAAUUCAAAAUGUACGCGAAUUAAAGUGUUCGGCCUGUCCAUAUGUAGAGGUACCACAGCAAACUUCGCUGCUGCGAGGCAUUCGCAUACUUCGCUUGUUCGGUUUCCAGCACCUCAAUGAUUGGAUGAUUGAAAUUUAUUUGUUUUGUUUGAAUGGAAGAGAAUGAUCGCAGAAAGAAAGCAAGGGCAUCAGCCUCGCUUACAUGCAUCGGUCGUCCCACCAUUCAAUCCACCUGAAAGAUAUUAAUGAUUGACAAAUAUCAAACUUUCUUCAAAGAGUGAUUGCAGCAGCAAUAAAACUAAAAGAGAUGUUAAGUUUGAAAAAGUUUUCAUCCUGACGUCUUAUGUUUCUUUCGCCUACAGCGCGAGUUUUCAGAUCCUCGCCUCAGUUUGGGGUCACUUUGCUCACGUAUGAAAUUCUCCAGAGAGUGUUUAAAGUGAAUUUUAGCGGAAAGGGGUGAGUACAAUGAACAGCAUGGACAUGAAAGACGUGCGGUCAAAUUUAAUCUCUGUCCCUUACAUACGAGUCGAUAUUACGUAUCAUUUUUACCCUUCGUUAUAACCUAUCAGCGGGGAGCACAUUAUAAAUUUGUAGGCUUUCAACUAAAAACAUCAUCGUUGGGUUAGCUCUUGUCAGAACCAUUUAACCUUUUAACUCCCAGAUCAAAUUUUAUAAUCUCCUUACUGUCAACCAUACAAUUCUUAUAAUGUUAUUUCAGAGAAUUUAGUAUUGGAUUAACUAAUUGUCCCCAGAUUGAUGGUUGUCUUUAUUCUCAUCACUUAUCUGGUUGAUAUUGUAUUGAUAUCGUAAGGAGAAAUUCUGUCUUGGUCACUCAUGGGAGUUAAAGGGUUAAAACAUCGAUACCACUUGUAUCGCUUCUUAGCUUACUUUCAUCGUCACUGAUACUUAGCCAUUGAAUCGUGACAAAGCACUUUUAUACUGCGCAUUUACGAAAAAUCGUUAAUCCUUACCUAGAGAUUUUCAUAAUAUGUUUUUUCAUUUUGAUUCUUACAACAGAGCAAUAGUGCACGAAGCCUGGAGUGAAAAAAGGUCCUAUAACCCUGACAUCUCAUUACAUCCUGACCACAUCGGUGGCAUGAGAAUGGCUGUGGCCUCGUUUGCAGGCAUUGAAACCAGGUUCGGUUUAUGUUUACCCAAGUUCGCACAUGCAGCAGCAGAGAAAAAAGCUAAAUGAACAUUACUCCGGAGGGAAAGGAUAGGUAGCAGACUUGAACUGAAUCUGUCGAAGCCGAUGAAAAAGAAAUUGCUGAUCAAUUUCAGUCUGUUUGAAGGAGAUUCAAACUCUAAAGAACCUUCCUCAACAUUAACAUUCAAGCCACGCUUGUCGUAAGUGGGUAGCUGUGUGUCUAUUUAAGCUUGGUUGCGCUUGUAACACAGGUGUGGCACCAUUAGUACUUGUUAUUCGUACGUGAGCGCGUAUAUGAAGUCACUUGGAUCGUUAGUGCAUCGUGUAUUUGGCAGAAAGAGCUAAACUAGCAGAUUUGAAUUAAAAGCAGCGUGUAUGAUGCACGAAUUUUGAAAUUUAAUCGUGACUAUGUCAAACAAACCAAAGUGGCGUUAGGAAACUGUGAAAUGCUAUUCUUAUCUUUUUGUCCUUAAAAUGCUAUUUUAAGCAUUGAAAAUCUCUAUCUUGCAAGUGGAAAAUUUUUGUGGGAAUCCCAGAGCAGACAUUCUUGACUGAAUUUACCGCUUUAUAUUAUAUAUUAUAUUGUUCAAAUAGCCUUUGUUUUUUUUAGCAGUUUAUUUAAAUUGCAGAGGCUUAUAUCACAUCGAUCAGAUUCAAAUUUUUUAUAAUUCAAGUUUAUUAAUGUAGCAAAUGUAAUCAUCAAUUCGUUUGACAAAAGACUUUCAGGAACUGCGUAAAAAUAAGGUCUUGAUACACGCACACAAGCAAAUGCUAGCGAACAUAACAGCGCCGAGCACUGCUCUAUUUAUUAAUAGGCUUUCAAGGUCUAUGCGAGAACGAACUUUUUCAAUAUAAUGGAAUGACAUGAAAGCUCGACACAGUCGGAUUCUGAUGUGAAUUCAACUGUAUUGUUUGCCCGCUAUAAUCUUUCCUUGUGGGGCCUGUGGGUGACUUAUGUUAAUCCAGGCGUCUGAUCCGGGGUCUUGGUUACUAACAGAAAAUAUAUGUCAAAAUAUUUUUAUGUUUGAAUUUGUUGUAAUUUGGUCUGAGAAUGCGUGGAAAUACAAUGGACGCUAGUCUUCUUGUUUAAGUCGCGGAAUGCUAUGUAUCUCUCUUUUGAUUCAAAGGUGAAGUUUGCUUUCAUACCGAUCGAUAUAUCUUAAACAAGUAAAACUGAAAAGUAGUGCGAUUGUUUCGUCUCGCCAUCCAAGUUGUAUACUCUUCAGUUUCUCUUAUCCGUCUCUCUCUUCACAAUACGUGUUUUCCCAAUAAAACGUCCUUCCCUUCUGAAAUUGUAACGUUCCUGUCAAUAGUGCGUUUCCCAUGCCUCGAAACCACGAUACAGACACUCAUUUCUCUCGUUCCCUCCAAAGAUAUCUUCCUCUCUUAAAACACGUCUCUUAGUUGAGAAUAUGUUGGGGUCAUGACGAAACAAAGAAUCGUCUAAUUGUUCCCUUUCAAGAUUAGCUCCCUUAAUGAAGUUUGGUGGGGCUCCCUAAAACAGUUGCCUUUAAUCAAAAUUUAGCGUAUAGCGAUAGGUAGUUAAAAAAGUACGAUAAUUUAGCUUUAGUAAUCAGUUUUACUGAAACCAAAGAGAAAAGAAAACAACAUGAAACCAAUUUUAAUUAAAUAUUGAACACGGUUGAAAUUCUGUUUCUUCGUAGGUUGUUUUCAAUUUUCGGCCUCUCGUUCACACGAGCACUUUCAUCGAAAAGGGCAAACUAAGGGCUCUUCGACGAUUAUUUUUAAAUCACCAAUAACCUUGCUAAAUGGACGCAACGAGUACGAUUCUUACUUUACAAGAAUUGGCCGAUCAGCUAGUUGCGGUAGCCAAUAUUAUAUCCAGACUCACAAAAAAAGGCAGCUGCGCAAAACCUGAAGGAGCUUCAAUUAUUUAAUCGGAGCAAUUUACGAGCCAUGCGCUAAUUGCCAUUUCCUUUUGAAAUGGGAAACUGAACAACAUGUGACAAUUCUUUUGACACACUCAAAGACAAAAGGAAUAUUUCCUGACAGUGCAAGUUCAAAGGGUUAUUUGCAAGUUGCCAUGUUGCUAAUAAAAUUGGAAGUACUUAUUCAAACACUGCUGCUCCGACUA